UUAACUCCCACCUCAUCCACAAAGAUAAGAGGCGAAGGAGCGAAAUCCUCUUCCCCCUUCCACCCCUCGCUAGCCCACAAUGUUGUUAUCUUCCCCGUCGUCAUUUCUAAUACUCCCUCAAUUGAAAUCUCUCAGCAUCAGCUCUCCAUUCCUUCAUGGAUCUUCACCAAUUCAUCAUCUCAACAAACCCUCUUCAUCUCUUUCAACUUCACAGCCAUCUCCGCCUUCUUUUCUUCCUCAAAUUCGUGCCAUGAAAACGCUGCAGGGAAGGGUCGUGUGCGCUACCAACGACAAGACUGUUGCGGUCGAAGUGGUGCGUCUCGCCCCACAUCCAAAGUACAAGAGAAGGGUGAGGAAGAAGAAGAAGUUUCAGGCUCACGACCCUGAGAACCAGUUCAAGGUUGGUGACAUUGUACAACUCGAGAAGAGCAAACCUAUCAGCAAGACCAAGGCCUUUAUUGCUAUUCCCGCCAUUGCGAAGAAUCGUCCCAAACCCACUGAAGUCGUGCCGCAAGAGCUUAGUAUCCCAUUGGAGUCCCAGCAGACUUAGAUGAGUAAGAUUACGCUUUUGAUUCUUGUAUCUCAACUGUAUUCAACCGUUUCUAUCAAAUCCUGCGUCGAUUUGGUUCGUUUGUGACUGUUUAACUUCCGAA